GCUCACCGUUGCUAAAGAAAACCCUCAGCUUGCAGAAAUUUCUGCCAAUGGGAGGCACAAGUAGAGAUAGAAAGGCAGAGGAGAGGGGAGGGAAACAAGGUUGGUUAUGUACCCACCAGGCUUCCCGGACUGUCAGGGCCUGGUGGGAGGGCUUCUUCAUACCCCUCUCCAGGUGCAUGGAAUCACUUCUGCUCCUUCCCCUUUAUGCCCAGAAGAAAAGAAUUACUGCCCACCUCCAUUCCAACUAGCGAGGAGUACAUAGCCGUCCUUAAAUGUAAACGGCUGUCCUCCACUCCCCUGGAAAUCCUGUUCUUUCUGAACGGGUGGUAUUAUGCUACCUAUUUUCUACUGGAACUCUUCAUAUUUCUGUACAAAGCUCUCCUGCUACCAUAUCCAACAGCCAACCUAGUACUCGAUGUGGUGAUGCUUCUCCUUUACCUUGGAAUUGAAGUAAUUCGACUGUUUUUUGGUACAAAGGGAAACCUCUGCCAACGAAAGAUGCCACUUGGUAUUAGCGUGGCCUUGACCUUCCCAUCUGCCAUGAUGGCCUCCUAUUACCUGCUGCUGCAGACCUACGUGCUCCGCCUAGAAGCCAUCAUGAACAGCAUCUUGCUUUUCUUCUGUGGUUCAGAGCUGCUGCUUGAGGUGCUCACCCUGACGGCUUUCUCCAGUAUGGACAGGAUUUGAAGUGCAGACAUUUCAGCCAGCAGCCCUCAUGGGCUGAGACCACAGGUUCUUCUGGUCUUUAGCCACACCAGUGAGAAUGGGGUCACGUUGUUCUGGGAAGGGUCGCAGCUCUUCCUCAGUACAGACAUCCGAGCGUGAGGCCACUGGGCAUCAUCUUCUAAACCAGGACCAUCAGCCCAAGAGACUGUGCUACAGUCCAGCGUAGGGAGGGGCGAGGCUGUCCCAUUCUGGCCCGGCUCAGAGCCAGCUCCCUGCUGAGCUCCGGUUCUCUUUGAUCCUCAUGGCCAGAGCAUCUUGUGUGGCCCACGUGGGCUCCUUGGACUUCCUUCAGGACCGGAGCCACAUACUCCCUGUGAGCACAGAGAACCUCGGGACGGUCUGCUCCCAGGGUGACGCCCAAGCCUCUCACGUCGUUCCCCAGAGACUGAGCUCCAGAAUUUUUUUAGUGGCUCAUAGUGUUAUUUUUCUACUCUCAUCAUGAUACAAACAUUAUUUUGUAAUAAACGUAUAUUUUCUAUCAUGGGA